UGCGAUUUCUCAUGAACGCUAGUAUCAGUGUGUUUCAGUUUAAACGGCUGCAGGAUGGAUUGGCUGUGUUUUCGUAAGUUUUCAGUACAAUAUCCCGGGAAGUACUGAAUAACAAGUGAAAUCUACAGAAAAGUUUGAUUCAGAGGAAGAACUAAACAAAAGGGGCGUCAAGAAAAAAGUAUUGUUAACAGUAAAGAUAUGACUGAAACUGUUGGGUAAAUGACAACCCGUUAAAACUAGACGAACUUCUACAAUUCUCUACACUAUGGCGACAGCAAGUACAACUCAGUUAUGUGAUUCAAAAUUUCAUUACUGGAUUAAAACUGGGAUGGCAAUAGUAUACACUAAAGAAGGAUUACAAGAUAUUGUUACUAAUGAAAUGUCACAGUUUCAACAAAAAGUGUACAACGACGUUUUCAAAAACAAAGGAAUAGCACAUAACACGUCGUGUAAUUCUUGCAAUACUGGAAGUAUAAUGAAAUGCACGCCCAAAAACAAUAUAUGCGUUUGGCAGAAACGAAAGUGCAAUGUCACCCAUAGACCAUGUCCAUUAGGUAUAUGCGAAGGCGUCAGAGAUGAAAUCUUCAAUGCCCACAGGUUUUUGGGUCCCUCUUGGAAGAAUACGGACGCCAAACAGUGGGCAAACUCAUCCUGGGAGAUUGCCAAAUGCUUCAUGCCACCUGAAGGUUAUAGCUCUGUGCCCACUGCAGCUGAAACAGAUUUCAAUGGCAUCAUUAGUGUAUUUCUAAAUUACGAACAUUUUCAGAACAAAGUCAACGAAAACCUUUAUAAUCCUGCCAACAUUUUCUGCAAGGCACGAGACGUUGGCAAGAAUUACAGACACUGUCCUGGUUUUGAAAUAUCAAAGAAAAAGUUCGAGGAUAGUAUCACUAUAUUGACUGCUGUACUCAGUGAUCCUAAGCAUAUUGCUGGUGAUAGGAAUGCACAAAUUGCUUUGCAGAGACUAACACAGCUUGGUUCCGGAAAAUGGACAAUAACAGACAAAGAUAUAUCCAAGCAUUUGCAAGAUGCUAUCAACGAGGCUAAAGGGGAUAUAGACAAAACAAAAUCUGAGCUGCUGAAAGAGGCUCAACAUUUUAUCAGUACUAGCAAGAAGGAAAAUGUGGCUAACACUUUAAGCAGUAUCCAAAAUAUUUUCUCAAGAUACAAGGAGAAGAUAAAGAAAACAGUUCAACAUGGAAUAAAGCGGAUACGACGGGAAUCAGACACUGCCAGCAAAAAACUAAAAGCAGAAAUGUCAGAGGACUAUGAUUUUCAAACAAAAGAGCUUCGACGGCGGCUAGUUCAGACGUAUAAAAGAAACUGUGCCACUCUUCCUAUUUCUCCGCUACUUGAAGAGGAAGAACUUCCUUUAUUGACGUUCUAUGUGAAGCCUUACAUGCGACGACUAGAACAUCAUAAGAUACAGAAAGACGAAAUUUCCAUUGAUUUGUAUAGGCACAUUUUUUUAUAA